GAGCUGCCAUGUUUAGCUGCUUUGUUAUAGAUUCCUUCUAGGUUUCCUGCAGAUUUUAAGUGUUGCAAUGGAACCGAGCUGGAGUACAUUUUUAUUCCAGUCUUCUGUAGGUCCCAUGGUUCCAGGGAAUCCACGUAGGGACUACUACACAGGGAUCAGACAGGCCAAUGAAGCCCUGCAUCACCAGCACCAGGUGGCCCAGAACAGCUUGCUGCCUCUCCUCCAGUCAGGAGGACCAGAGCCUGUGGACCAGAAGCCUGUGAUGCCCAUCCUCUUGGACCAGAAGCCCCCAGUCAGCGUCGCUGAGCUCCUCAAGGACAAUGUAGCCAGCGGGACGGGGGGAGGAGGCGGCGGUGGUCCCGUUGCAGUGGUGAAGAAAGAGCCGAAGUCCAAAACACCGUUCAUCUGCGGCUACUGCAACAAAGCCUUCCGGGACAGUUACCAUCUCAGACGGCACGAGUCCUGCCACACUGGCGUCAAGAUGGUGUCCCGUCCCAAGAAGACACAGACAGCGCCCACGAUGGUGCCCAUGAUCUCCACAGUGCCGCAGCGCGAGAACAGCGGCGGCCAGCCCUCUUACAUAUCCACCAUCGCUGGCAUCCUCACCACAGCAACCACCUCGGCCUCCACGGGCUCCAGCAUCAUGUCUCCCACCAUGGUGCCCCAGCAGCAUCAACAUCAGCAGCAUCAGCAGCAGAGCCAGCCCAAGAAGCCUGCCAAGCCAGUGAAGAAGAACCACGGCUGUGAGAUGUGUGGCAAGGCCUUCCGUGACGUCUACCACCUGAAUCGUCACAAGCUGUCCCACUCGGACGAGAAGCCCUUCGAGUGUCCCAUCUGCCAGCAGCGCUUCAAGAGGAAGGACCGCAUGACCUACCACGUGCGCUCACACGACGGGGGCGUUCACAAACCUUACAUCUGCUCUGUCUGUGGGAAGGGCUUCUCCAGGGAUGUCAGCACGGGACAGGGAGACUACUGCAGGGGCCAGACGGUACCAGAAGAGAUGGUCCUGGGUCUCCAGUGUCACUCCUGCAGCUCCCAAGGCCAAUGGCCUGACCAUCUAAGCUGUCAUGUGAAGCAUGUUCAUUCAUCAGAGAGACCCUUCAAAUGCCAAGUAACGGCCUGCACCUCUGCUUUCGCCACCAAAGACCGCCUGCGCUCCCACAUGAUCCGACACGAGGGCAAGGUGACCUGCAACAUCUGUGGCAAGAUGCUGAGCGCUGCCUACAUUACCAGCCACCUCAAGACCCACGGCCAGGCCAGCUUCAACAACCCCUGUAAUAAAGGGCUAAGUGACUGGCAGUGGAACCACCACUCAGGGAUACGAAAAGGUGAGUUGACGGUAGGAGAGAUCUUAAAUAACUCGUUCCAAGUCCUUAUGGACAUCUCUCGUUUUCAAGACUCCAACACCGUGCACAACUCUGGCUCGGCAACACCUGUCACCAACUCUGCCGCCAUCACCUCUGCGAUGAACCGCAGCAACGCCAGCAACCCGGUGACCAUCGCUGCCCAGAUGAACAUCACCACCAGCACGGUCAACAUCACCUCUCCAAUCAACUUGCAGCACCCAGUGACCAUCACCGGGCCCAUGAAUAUAGCCCACCCUGUGGCCAUCACCUCUGGGAUGCCCAUGAAUAUAACCGGGCCGCUUAACAUCGCCAUGCGGCCCAUGGAUAGCAUGCCUUUUCUCUCCCAGGUCCUGCCUUCCUCCCCUCCCUGGUAGUAACCCCUUCCCUGGCCCCUGGUUAGCAUCUCUUUAUCAACCCCUCCCAUCUCUCUCCUUCUACCCCCAAACCACCACCACUUCCUCCCUUGCUUUAGCAGACCUUCCUCCUUACCAGGAGUACUAUAGAUGAUGUUGUAGUAUGGGGGGCUAGCUGGACGCUGUACCCGUCUGUCUGGCUGCAGUUGCUGCAGCAGUGAAUGCAGCAUGAUGAGAGGUGGACUGGCCAGCCCCUGUAGAUGCUGGUGCAUUUUAUUUCAUUUAACCGCCGGUAGGAGGACAGUCCUGGAAGGCAUGUGAAGUCUCAAAAGGGGAAAUGGAGCUUUUGAAUGAUGCACCAAGUGGAAGCCUGACGUAAACAAACGGGUUAUGCCUCGCCUCUUGCGUCAACAUACCUGCACAUUUGGCAUUGGAAUGAAACUGUAACACAAAUGUAUUGCUGGUAUUAAUGUCUUUUAAAUGCUCUCUUACAGAGCAGAUGGUUUUUAUAUUUGUUUUCCUUUGUUAUUAUAGCCUGCUAAUCAGUAUUUAAUAGUUGUAAUAAUUGUAAGGAGUUCAGUACAACAAAAGGGACAAAGGCUACCAUUUUGCGGGAGGGUGAUUUUUUUUUUUUCUGGAUAAUUUUUAGGCACCACAGUUAUAUCUUAGGCCAAUGCCUUUGACUACAUAAUGUGAGCUCUCCCAGGUCCUGAACAUCUCUGGAAAACGGUCACUUCUCACUGCUGGAUACUGUAAACCUAUACAUAAUUUUUAUUUUUUUAAGUAGUUCUAAGUUGUAUGUCAUAUGAAUUCACAAAGUAGCCGGAGGACAUUAGUGGUAAUGUUACAGGAACACAAGGAGGAAAUGCCUGGCACUGAAAGCAUAUCCCCAAGUUAAUGUCCUGAAAACAGCAGUAUUAUCAAGGAUCAAAAGGUUUAGUGUUGGCUGAGAGCCCUGUUAAUGUAGAGGCUACCAGAGCCACCUAGUGGCACAGUAGACACUAUGCUGAAAAAGUGGUCCCAAAGUUCACCUUUUAACAUUUUUGAAUAUAGUUAUGUUGGGAGAGGUUUUGAUAGGGCCAUUUUAUCCCCCUCCCUUUUUGAUUGCUAGUUUAGGAUCCUAUGUGUUUACUUCUACUCAAGAACCUUACUGAGUGUUGCCCAAUGUUUUGAUGAGUAAAAGGAUCAAAUCAAGUUUAACACACAACCUUGACCUUUUACCCUUUCAUUGUAAAUAUUAAAACACACAAUUAUUUUGUCUUUGCCUGUCAGAAAAGAAAGAAAAAAGUAGAUAUCUUUCAACACAGGUCAGAGCUGCAAGUACUUUAUCGUUGUCGAUAUGGCCGUCCAAUGGACUACUUUUGCAGUUUACUUCCAAGGUUAGUUUAAGGUUUUUCUGUCUCCUGAGGUCCUUUUGUUAUAUUACUGUAGAACCAAAACUGCCAUCUGGAGCCUGAGGUGCCCUGAAAGAGAGUGGGAGCAGAGACUAGAGGCUGUAUCCACUACAUGUUCUAGAAGAAUCAAAGGUUAUAGGUCAAGGGUCACAGGGCUGCUUCCUUGCCGUGCCUACUGGCUCUGCCUAGGCCUACGUUCAGUACACAGGCCUCUCACUCAAUUGGCAGGUUCUCUUAAAGAGCAUGUGUAGCUGACACGACACAUUGCCCAAAAAUCAGGCUGUAUGGGUUUGGUAGGAACAGGCGGUGCAUUCAAACGUUACACUGGUGGACACUCUAGAGACUUGUGGCCUCGCCUUCCUUGUGUCGGUCUUGGGAGCGGCAAGGUGUUUGAGGCCUUUGAUAGUAUUGUAUGCAUGCCAACACAGUGCCCCAAGGGAAUUGCUGGAAUGGAAUGGCGGGUGGUCUUGUUGCCAUUUGGAUUCCUUUUCCAUCGAUGUUGCAUGUGGAUGUCUGAGCUCGUCCAAGUUUGGAUUUAGUUUUUUAAAACUCGUUAGAAGGCUAGUGACUUUUACUGAAAGAAAACACUACAAAAAAAAUAGUUUUGAAGUAUGUGUGUUGUCCUUCCGCAGUAGCUGUAACUAGUGUGCCUGACCUACUUUGCAACAACACUAUUCCACACUUCUGCUUCCUCUUCUAGAUGUGAUGGACAUAGACUUAGACAACACUAGUGCCCAAAAGCCCAUUUUUGCAUGGGAAGCACCAAUGAGGACUAUUUGAAGUAGUCAACUACGUGGGACUUCCAAUGGGUUAAGGAAGGAACACAUCACAUAAUUCCAUCCAGGUCAUCAGGAGGGAUCAGCCAAUGAAUUAAACUUGUGAGGAAACAUUCCUUAACUGCAGUUGGCAGUAAAUUGCCAACCCUGGAUUUAAACCUGUUCAAACAACACUCUUCGUGACAGUAUGCGCCCUUUCAGUUUGUUGGCCAAGUCAUGGAAGUAAUAGAAUGUUGACUAUUUCAAAAUGGAGAUGGCCUCAAUGGCGCUGCCUGCGCUUUCGCAGAUGUCAUGUCUAUGGUGAUGGACUUGUUUUGUGAAGGAAGCCUUAACUGUUCAGAUGGCUAAGAGCUAGACAGCCCCCUCAACCAAAUUGAAAUGUUGUGAUUUUUUUUUUGAAGUAUGAUGAACACUGAAUAAAGUGUUUUGUAAGUAACAUUCUGUUAACAUAUUUGAGAAAAUGGUCUGUUUUUUUUAAAGGGCCAUUACUCUUAUGCAUCAUCAAUUUAUUUUUAACCAAAUGCUUUUAAUUUUUUUGCAAUGACACUACAUUUAUUUUGUUAAAUGCAAUGAUUUGUUUUGGUCUUAACCUUUGAUUUUGGAAAAGUGAAGUUGGUCUGAUCUCAAAUCUUUCUCUGAAUUGGGAGAUCUUGGAGUCCUGUGAAGGCUGCUGAAUGUAUAUCUUUGUACAAAACCAUUUAGUUCAGAGGACAUGUUAGUUAUGAUAGACACAUGCAAGGGAAAAAAACUAGAACCUUUUUAUAAAUCUUUUUGUAUUAGAACAUUAACAAUGGUAAUUUUGUAUAUACAAAGACUAGGCUUUCUGAUUAGCAGAAAGGUAACAUUCCUACAUUUUUAAAUGUCUGUCAAGAAUAAUUGUAAACAUAUGCGCAAUGUUUUUAUGUGCCUUUUUAUUUGGGUUGUCUAAAUAAAAUAAUUAUAAAACAUGA